CGUUUUCUCUCCAGACGAAACGCGCAGGCCCUUUUACUACGCUGCGUGCGUCACUCAGUCUUACGGCCCUUGAUGGCCCUUGCUCGCUCUCCUGCACCUCUUUGUCUAGUCUGAAGUCACUCAAUGGCCCAUCAGGUCUACCAGCCUUCCACCCUCUUCGCAGACACUACUACCUCCUCCACCGCUCCCGUCUCUACGCCCGCAUCGUCCGCCAACAACACCACCUUCCUGAUGUCUGCCAGUCCGAUGCGUACCCGGAAGGCUGCCACCGACAGCUACCGCCCCAAGAUCAUCUCCACCAUCGGUGCCAAGCCUGCCUGUCUCGUCAAUGCCUCCGUCACCUACGUGGGAAAUGACCAGAUAUAUGCCUUCGGUGGAUUUGACCAGUACACCGACGAAGUAUACAAUCAUGUACUGAGAUUGAAUCUUGCCUCAAAGCAGUGGAAUCUCGUCGACAACUACGGGGAUAUUCCUGGGGUCCGGAUGGGUCACACGGCAAACCUCUGGCAGGGAGAUAAAUUGCUCGUAUACGGCGGAGAAAAUGAACAUCGUGCCUAUCUCUCCGACGUGAUCAUCUUUGACCUCAAGACUGCUCACUGGACCCAGCCCGAGCUCAAUGGACCCGCUCCUAGAGGCCGAGCUCGACAUUCCGCCGUCAUCCAUGACGAGAAGCUUUAUAUCUGUGGUGGUAUGACUGGACAUGAAAGCUAUGUCCUUGACGACAUAUGCUAUCUCGAUCUGAAAACCUGGACCUGGUCACGCACCUGGAGAUUCGUACCACGUUACGACCACACGAGCUGGAUCUGGAACGGCCGUAUCUGGAUAUUUGGAGGUCUUGGGGAGGACAUGGAACGAAUGAGCGAGAUCUGGUGGCUGGAUAUACGCGGCAGCCCCGCCUUUGAGGCCCCCAUGACAUAUGGAUCUGGAGAACGCCACUUGACAGCCUCUAGAUACCAGAGAGGGUACCCUUUCACCAACAGCAAUCCUCCUCAGACAGGCACGACUGGAUACGUUGCCAACUCCAGCAGUGUACAGAGCAAUCCCAGCCAGCUCUCCGCCAAUCGGAAUCCCCCCGUAGCUCCAGGCUCGAUAUCCUCCCUGAAGUUCCAUUCCAGUCCAAAUCUUCCAACCCAGGCGCUGGGGACACAUUUCCAUGUCUAUUCUUCAGGGUGCCUGCUGGACUUUGUUACGCCAGCAAGCAUCAUCUCGUCUUUCGAAACGAGCCUCUCCGCUCUGGAUCUGGAUACCCUACAAUGGCAGAAGCUGGCCGAUGGCAAGGACCUUUUCAACCCCGGAUACCGUUGGCAUUACUGCGCGAUGAACGAGGACGGAACACAGGCCUGGCUACUUGGUUGUCCGAAUGAGCCAACCAACAACGCUGGCGAUGCGACUGGAGAGUAUCUGAGCGACGUAUUGCCAAUUGACCUCCGUAAAUUAGGUCUUUUGGGCAAUUCCUUGACUAACGAGUCCCGAUCGAAGACUAAAAUUCCGUCGUCGGACGCCAACAUCUCUUCCUAUCUGUCCGGAAUUGGUGCCGAUCUCGCCAAGACCUUCGACCAACGUCCCGAAGAUGGAAGCGGUGCUGAUUUCACCAUCACUGCAGACCGCGAUGACGACUAUGACGGAGCCGACGACUCCUCUAUGACUAUGACCGAGAGUGGUGUAUCGGGAACCUCCGCCAAUACCUCGCCUCCGAUUCACGUUCACAAGCUCAUUCUACAAGCGCGAUGGCCCCACUUCGCGCGUCUGUUGUCUGCACAGAUGCUGGAGUAUCACACCAAGAAGAUGCACAUUCCAGAACCGUACUCGGCUGUCCGCUCUUUCCUCUACUAUCUGUACACAGAUAGCAUCGCAAAUUAUCCACCGCACGGCCCUUCGCUUUCCGAUGUUGCUGGCAUGCUGGUCAUGGCCAAUAUCUACGAUAUGCCGCGCCUCCGCCUCCUGUGUGUAAACCGCUUAUGGAAGGAACUCGAUGUUGAACAUGCAGCCAUUAUUUGGGAGCGUGCUGGUACAGCCAACGAGGAAUGGCUGAAACGUCGUGCCGGUGCUUUCUGCAUGCUGCAUUGGGGGAGAGUUGUGCGGACAGCAGGUUUCAAGAGCUUGAGCCGUGGGAGCAUUAUUGAAAUCUGCGAAGAGGUCGAUAUCGAGGGCAGAGUCGUUGGUGGAGACGAACUCGAGAUAUUCGGCGGUCUCGGAGGCGGACGUUUCGGGGUGGGGGGUUCUGGAAGAGAUGGCAGAAAAAGAAGCAUCGGGAGUGCGGGAGUCUUGGGCGGUGGUGAAGAUGACGGGGAGGGCGACGGUGAAGAAGAAGACGAAGGAAUGGAGCUGAAUUAAUUGAUAUCAGUAUGACUGAUGGAAAACAGUACUAAUCUCACCGCAAUGCGAGGUUGGUCUGUUUACAGGAACUCUCCUAGGAACGACUGUUACGAUUGUUGAUUGCUUAAGCGUUGGCGUCCAGUGUUUGUGGAAACGGCUCUUUUUUCCUUAUAUCGGACUUGAAUUCGAGGUGAAAAGGGCAUCUUCUGGGAGUAUCGGCAUGUGGGUAUCAGGCUUACAUUCAGCGAGGGAGUCUCGUGACCUACGAAACGUAUGGGAGAAUGACAACCAAGGUAGCUUGAUAGAUACGACAUGGUAACUACGUCAUGACAACGAUGAAUGCAAAAAGAUAUCCAAGUCAC